AUGCGCGCGCCCGCGCACCGCCGUUCCGCACCCGAGCGCCCCGAGUGCGCUCGUCCGCGCUCACCGCCGCAUCCGCCACGCUCCCGCGCGCUCCCUGCUGCGUCGUGCCCGCGCAUGCCCCGCUCGCUCCUUUGCCUGCUGCUGCUGCUCACGCCGACCCCGCCACCGCGCGCUCACCGCAGCGCCCCGCCGCUCCUCUGCCGCACGGCGCCCGCUGCUGCGGCCUCGCUGGCCCGCACGCUCGCAGCUACGCUCCGCUUCAGCUCCGCCACUCGCCACCCCGCUCCGGCCUCCCUCGCCGUGCUCCGCCUUCCCACGUCGGUCGCUGGUCGCUCGCCGUUGCGCGCAUCGCUGCACCGGCGCGCCCGGUUCCACACGGGCGUCGGCGCCCACGCCCGCGCCCGUAGAACCCGUCGCCCGCACGCCCGAACCGAUAUGGCCCUUAGGGCCCAUGACAUGCGGGGCCCGCCCCUGUGA